UUUGCUGACUGCGUCGACUGCGUCGGCGCGGCAGCCGAGACUGCCGCCGCCGCUGUUGCCGGCGUAGUGUUGCCGUUGCUGACUCUGCCGCCGCCGCGGCCGCUGCCGCUGCCGCCGCCGCCGCCGCCGCCAUGGCUCAAUACAAGGGCGCCGCGAGCGAGGCGGGCCGCGCCAUGCACCUGAUGAAGAAACGGGAGAAGCAGCGCGAGCAGAUGGAGCAGAUGAAGCAGCGGAUCGCCGAGGAGAACAUCAUGAAAUCCAACAUUGACAAGAAGUUUUCUGCACAUUACGAUGCCGUGGAGGCGGAGCUCAAGUCCAGCACCGUGGGACUUGUGACCCUGAAUGACAUGAAGGCCAAGCAGGAGGCACUGGUGAAGGAGCGGGAAAAGCAGCUGGCCAAGAAGGAGCAGUCGAAGGAGCUGCAGCUGAAGCUGGAGAAGCUGCGGGAGAAGGAGCGCAAGAAGGAAGCCAAGCGGAAGAUCUCCAGCCUGUCCUUCACCCUGGAGGAAGAAGAGGAGGCAGGCGAGGAAGAGGAGGAGAUGGCCAUGUAUGAGGAGGAGCUGGAAAGGGAAGAGAUCACCAUGAAGAAGAGGAAAUUGGGGAAAAACCCAGAUGUGGACACAAGCUUUUUGCCUGAUCGAGACCGCGAGGAGGAGGAGAAUCGGCUCCGGGAAGAACUGCGGCAAGAAUGGGAAGCCAAGCAGGAGAAGAUCAAGAGUGAGGAGAUUGAAAUCACCUUCAGUUACUGGGAUGGCUCUGGGCACCGGCGGACAGUCAAGAUGAAAAAAGGCAACACCAUGCAGCAGUUCCUGCAGAAGGCGCUUGAAAUCCUGCGCAAAGACUUCAGUGAGCUCAGGUCAGCAGGGGUGGAGCAGCUCAUGUACAUCAAGGAGGACCUAAUCAUACCCCACCACCACAGCUUCUAUGAUUUCAUCGUUACCAAGGCGCGAGGGAAAAGUGGACCACUCUUUAAUUUCGAUGUUCAUGAUGAUGUGCGGCUGCUCAGUGACGCCACUGUGGAGAAGGAUGAGUCACAUGCGGGCAAGGUGGUGCUAAGGAGCUGGUAUGAGAAGAACAAGCACAUCUUCCCCGCCAGCCGCUGGGAGCCCUAUGACCCUGAGAAGAAGUGGGACAAGUACACGAUCCGGUGAAUGCAGAGGCGGAGCUUGGCUCCCCCCCGGUUUCCUCCAGUCUCCCCACAACCCCGGGUCUCCAGGACUCCAGGCGCCCUGCGCCCUGCUCCCGUGACAUGACUGAUCACCCCCUGCCCCUGACGCUGUCAUUUGCUGUUCUUUUCUUUUCCAAUAAAGAAAUGUACAUGUCAGAAUCAGA